GAGGAUCAUCAAAAUAAGUAUAGAAUUGAAAACAUGGUUUCUAUCGCUAGAAAAGACAGAGGAAAGUCCAAGUCUGAACGCUCAUAUAAAAUGCUGUCUUUUUACUUGCAAAAUAUGCGGGUAUGUUUCAUCAACACCUGGAAAGAUAAUUCAAAAACACAGAAUGAAAGACCAUCCAGCCGAAGAGGAUGUCACAUGCGAAAUCUGUGGAGCAACCUUUGCAACCAAAGGUGGUCUAAAGGGUCAUUUAGGGAGUAUACAUGUGAACAUCAGUAUUCCUAUGAUCAGUGUUCCUUCUCCUGCAUUCAGCACAACCAGCUGAAAUCUCAUAUAUUAAUAAGAACCCACACAGAAGAGAAGCCAUUCAAGUGCGACCUGUGUAACUAUGCUGCUGCCUGGAAUGUACAACUGAAGGAUCACAAUAAAGUGCAUGGUAUGGCGUGUCAGGUCAUUAUGUGUCAGGAAUGAGGUGUUGUGUUUAAGAACAGUAAAUGUCUGAAAUUGCUGAAACAUAUGGAAAACGUAGACCUCGUCUCCGCAAAAACCCUACGCUCGGGUUCGGAUGAACCUAUCUUACACUCAUGGCCAUGGAAGAUACUUAUAAUUUUCCCCUUAGGUAAAGAUUACGGACAAAGAUAAAAAAAGUACCCGUAUGGAACUACUCUUUAUUAUUUUUUUGCAUACUACAAUUAAAAACUAAAAACUAUUAAAAGAACGAUUUUACUAUUUCCAUAUACACAUGCAUGUUACUCGGGAACCUGUUGCAAUAUGAUACUUUGUGGUUGUCAUAUAUGUGAGCGCUGUUAUUCAAAAUAUACAAACAGUUCUGAGGAAAGUGCAGCAAUAUUUAUUAAUUGCAGCGUAAAACCCCCUUUUUAUUCAUUAAAACAAUGUUCAGAUUGCUUGUUUUACUAUUUUUAUGCUUAAAUGUAUGUCAGGAAAAUGUUGAAAUCUCAUAUCUAGACACAUAGGAAUCUAACUGUAUUGCUUUGUUAUUGCAAAAUGUUUGUAAUCAUUGUAAAGCACAUGUUGACUUAAAGUUGAGAAAGAAGAUUAACCGUUUGUUAAUGUAAGUUUGAAUUUUGUAUGUAAUUUAACCCUAUUGGACUGCAUUAUGAGUUUUUCACUCUAGUCUUGUUCAGUUAGGUCAGGUGUAGUAAGUUUUCAAAGUUACUGGACGACUUCUCCAGCUCUCAUAAAAUAUGUGGAACAUUAAGCAGCUACAUACUUGAUCUGAUAUUUCAUUGAUUCACAGAUUAUCAAAUUACAAGAAAAUGGUUUAUAUCAUAAGAUGGUACUGAUGUUUGUUUAAAAGAAAAUGUUAAGUGUAUUGCUUUAUUGUCUGUGGGAAAAACCAUAUAAGUAAAUUCAUGCAAAACGUGAAA